UAUCACAGCGUCCAGGUGAGACGCUGUUCAUAAAGCAGCCGUCAGGCAGCAACACUCACUUUCAAUACAGAGCACAUUCAAGGGGAGUCUCACUUUCAGACACUCGAUCCGCCGGCUCUGGUUCCUGUUCGCUGAUCUUCGCUGCUCCAGACUCUCACGCAGGAGGAACACGACAUGAGAAUACUUUUACUUUUAGCUGCCUUGGCGGCAGCGUCGCAGGCCCAGACCGACUGCUCUCGGGGGGCUUGCUACCCACCCAGCAACAACCUCCUGCUGGGCAGGGCUGACCAGCUCCGUGCCUCCUCCACCUGCGGCCUCACCGGCUCCGAGGUCUACUGCACCCCGUACCAGCUGAGGAGGAUGAAGUGUUGUCCAUGUGACUCCAGGAACCCGAAUGGUCCUCUGGCCCACACUAUCCAGGAGGUCCUGCCCACCUCUGGACCAGAUAGAUGGUGGCAGUCCAGAAAAGACGUGAGUCCGGUCACUCUCCAGUUGGACCUUGACAACUUGUUCCAGCUUGACAACCUCGUCCUCAGCUUCAAGGGCCCUCGUCCCAGUGCCCUGGUGAUCGAGAGGACGCUGGAUGGCGGCAGGACGUGGACGCCCGCCCUCUACCUGGCCACGGAUUGUCAAAGAACUUUCCCCGGCAUCCCCACAACAACGCCUCGCACCCUGGAGGACACAUACUGCUACACACUGCCCCCCACCGAGGCAAACCCAUACCAAGACCACACAAUCGAGUUCAGUCCUCUGCGUCAGUACGCUUAUGUCCCAGCUACCAAGAGCCAAAAAAUUGAAGACGUGUCCGGGCUGACGGGGCUGAGGGUGAGGCUGACCGAGCUGGGCGAGGUGCCACGUCUCCCGGGCAGAGCUCUCAGUCGCUUUUUUGGCCUGAAGGAGAUGAGGGUGAUGGGCAGCUGCAUGUGCCACGGACACGCCAACCGAUGCCUUCCAGAGGCUUACAACAACCCACUGUUCAACACCAUACAAGUGAAUCCUCAGUGCGACUGCCAGCACAACACAGCGGGCGUGAACUGUGAGCGCUGCGCUGACCUCUACAACGACCUGCCCUGGAGACGGGCCGAGGAGGCCGACACGCAUACCUGCAAACGCUGUGAGUGCAACAACCAUGCUCAGCACUGCCAUUUUGACCAAGCGGUAUAUGAGGCCAGUGGGCGGAGGAGCGGCGGUGUGUGUGAGGGCUGCAUGCACCACACCGCAGGGCCACGGUGCGACCAGUGUGCCCCGGGCUACCAACCCAACCCCCGCAGCCGAAUGGACCGUCCCGAUGCCUGCAUACGAUGCAUCUGCAGCGCCGAGGGGACAGUGAAUGGGGGCCGGUGUGACGACAGCACAGGCUUGUGUCGGUGCAAAGCGUACGUGGAGGGUCCCCGCUGUGACCACUGCAAGAGAGGCUACUACAGCCUGAGUGGCUCCAACCCUCUGGGCUGCACCAAGUGUUCCUGUUCUCCAGACGGGUCCGAGUCCGAUGUCUGCGACCCACUGACGGGCCAGUGUCCCUGUCGUCCCCACUUCCACGGACAGACCUGUGACGUGUGCUCAAAAGGCUACUGGAAACCGUUCCUGUCGGAACACUGCAAGCCCUGCGGCUGUGACUCCACCAGGUCGCACGGUGACACCUGUGACCAGGUGACAGGUCAGUGUCAGUGCAGACCAGGUUUCGGAGGGCGAACAUGUACAAGCUGCCCAGAGAACUCAUACGGAGACCCUCUCGUCGGCUGCCAGCCGUGCAGGUGCGAUUUCGAUGGAACCCUCCCAGAGGUUUGUGACGAGCAGACCGGAGCCUGUCUGUGUCGACCGGGCGUCAUCGGGAGCCGCUGUGACUCCUGCGGUCGUGGACACUGCGACUCCUUCCCGGCCUGCGAGACGUGUCCCUCCUGCUUCUUCACGCUGGACGCGCAGAGGCGGAACCUCAGCGUGGCUCUGGAGAGACUCUCCCCCGUACUCCCUUCCCGUCCGGGAGGUGACACUGAUAUCGGAAAGUUCGGCCCUCGCAUCCGGGCCCUGGAGGCCAGCCUGAAACUGAUCCAGGACUCCAUCGUCCUUCCACCACCCAUUGUCAAACAGAUCGACGACGCUCUGUCCCGACUGGACACGCUGGGGGAGCAGGUGGACAAGGUCAACGAUGGCCUCCCACCCCUGGAGAGAACUCCUGGUCUUGACUCAGAGCUGGACAAGCUGAAGGCUCUGCUGGACGGCCUCACUGUGUUGUACAAAGCCAAGAAAGGUGCCAUGGAGAACUCCAUCAGUCCCAACAAUACAGGAGCAUUUUCUGCCAUCAAGAAUGCCUACGACAAGUCAGAGGAUGCGGCCGACAAAGUCGAUGCCAGUGGGGACACGGUGAAGGAGUCGGCCGACGUUAGAGAAGAGACCAUGGAUCUUCGGGACCGCGUGCAGCCGGCCAACACCAACAAUCUGAACAAACUGAACGAGAACAUGGCUUCCCGACCUGACCUCACUCCCGUCGCCAAAGAGGUAUGCGGUAGUGUUCGCACGGAGCCCUGCACCCCUCUUCGGUGUGACGGUGGAGCGCUGUGUCCGCCCGAGGGAACCCCGACAUGUGAAAAGGGAAAGAAGUGCGUGGGCGCCCUGCCGCUGAGCAAGAGGGCGAAGGCUGAUUCUAAGGACGUGAAGGACAGACUGGACAAGCUGUCUGCGAAGGUCACAGAGGCUGCAGAGAAGCUCCAGGAAACACAGGACUCGACCAAUCAGGUGAGAGAGUCCGCAGAGAAGCUGUCCAAUAAUCUGAAGAACACCAGAGACGAGCUAGAAGACGACUUAAAGGACACACGUGACGUUGUAAAGCAGCUCAAAGACUUCCUGUCAGACCCGUCCUCCAACCUGACCCAGAUCCAGGAGGUGAGCGACUGGAUCCUGAAAGCCAAGCUGCCGCUCAACCUGGCUUCUCUGAAGAGGAAACUGGAGGAGCUGAAGAAUCUGGCGGCCAAUCUGCCAGACAGCUUGGCUGUGUUGAAGGAGGCCGAGCCGCAGCUGGACACCGCCAGGAAACUGCUGCAGGAGGCCAAGGACGCCAGGGACACAGCCCUGGGAGUAAAGACGGACGUGGACGGGCUGCUGGCGGGCCUGGGCUCGGUGGAGGGCUCCCUCUCGGACGCGGAGGACAAGUUGCAGAACACUAUGGAACUCAUAGACAACCUGAACAACGACCUGACCAAGGCCAAGGACCAGCUGACGCCAGCGGAGAAGGAUCUGGACGAUGUAUCCGAGCUGAUGAAGCCGAUGAAACCUCAGCUGGACGAGCUCAAGGCCCGUCUGAAGAACGGAACCCAGCAGGCCCAGGAUGCACAGGAGAACGCGGACAAAGCUGAGAAAGAGGCAGCUGCUGCAAAUGAGGACGUGUUGUCCCUGGAGAAGCAGCUGGACCUUCUCAAAGACCAGGCCGCAGCCAGCGGGUCUGGGGGGGAGGCGGGGCCGGUGGGCGAUCGCCUGGCGAAGCUGCAGCAGGAUGCCGGCGCUCUGGCCAACACCACCGAAGACAUGAUGAAGUCUCUGGAAGGUAAGGCAGAUUCCCUGAGGGGGCUUCAGGAUCAGAUCCUUCAGAAGUCAACAAAGCUCGAGGGACUCGACGACGAGGUCAAAGACAUUUUGUCAAAACUUCGGAAAAAGGCCCAUGACCUGUUGACCUGCCAGGGCUGAGAGUCAGCCAUGUCGAGCUGCUGUCGCCACAACACUUCACACCAGCAUUGCACAAUACUCACACCUUCUGCUGUUGGAAAUAGCUCCCUUACCUCUGGAACACUGAUUUAUCUCAUCUCUGGCAGGUUUAAGGAGGGGGGGUCAGGGAUAUGUAAAUGACAAUAGCAACUGUUGUCUGACAAUGGAGGCGAUUCCAUGCACCAAUCAGAAAAUGACAUUCUUACCCUCUGAAAGACAGUAUAUACAGUUGGUUCAUAAAAUAUCAUGGUAUUUGCAUUUGUCAGUAUCAUUUUCACCACGUAGCAUUUCAUCUGGCUGUCAAAGUCAGCUUCAGAUUUUUUUUUUGCCAGCUCCGCAAGAACCAACACAAAGUUACAUUUUUUCUUUUAUUCAGCAGCAGCUCGCUCCAAUGUUCACUGUGAAAGUUGCACAGUAAUUAAUGUAUUUUUCAGAAGUAUUUGAUGUGUCGCAUCUGUUGUUUGUACAGGAACCAAUAUUUAAAUAAAAAAGCUUGUUUACACUUUGA